AUGAUAGGAGAGCGAGUUAUCAUUGACAAAAAUGAUCAGUUUCCUGUUGGCAUGCGAGUUUUGGCCGUUGACGAUGACCCAACUUGCCUUUUACUACUUCAGACCUUGCUUCGUAGAUGCCAGUACAAUGUUACCACAACAGGUCACGCUAUCACAGCAUUGAAAUUGUUGAGAGAAAACAAGGAAGAGUUUGAUUUGGUUAUCAGUGAUGUCCAUAUGCCCGACAUGGAUGGUUUUAAGUUACUCGAGCUUGUGGGGCUUGAGAUGGACCUGCCCGUCAUAAUGUUGUCUGCAAAUGGUGAUACCAAGCUUGUCAUGAAAGGGAUUACACAUGGGGCUUGUGAUUAUUUGUUGAAACCUGUUCGAAUAGAGGAGCUGCAAAAUAUAUGGCAACAUGUGAUCAGGAGGAAGAAAGUCUGGUCUAAAUCUGGCAGCAUAGACAAGCCUCUUAUUGACGGUGAUGAUGCUGGGGACCAGAAUGAAGAUGAGGAUGAGGAGUGUGAUGAAAGUGGGCAUGAUAACGAGGUGUCCCAAAAGAAACCUCGUGUUGUUUGGUCAGGGGAGUUGCAUCGUAAAUUCAUUGCAGCAGUUAAUGAGUUGGGAAUUGACGAGGCUGUACCUAAAAAGAUACUAGAGUUGAUGAAUGUUGAAAAUCUUACCAGAGAAAAUGUUGCCAGCCAUUCCAGGCACUAUUUUUUGUGGUUGCAGAAAUUUAGGCUGUACCUAAAGAAAAUGUUGCCAAUGUCAUUGGAACUCAAUGAACUACAAAAUAACAGGGUUGUUAGCCGCAUUGUGCAGCUACCAUCUGUUGAUGAUACAACUGUUUUUCCUGUUUCUGGCAGUCUAAUGGUUUCAGGAUGCUAUGGCAAUUCACAGUUUGGUGUUACAAACAGCCCCUUAAUUUUAGAAGGAAGCUCUCAGCUGGCGUCUUUACAUGCUAGUAAUUUGGGAGGCAGUGUUUCUGCAAUGGGAUUCCAGGAUGGGACUACUUCAUCCGACUUUACUUCCAUAGCUCCUCCUCCCAAUCAAUUGCAGGAUUCGAAAGCAGAUAUACAUGGCCAUGCAUCCACAAUCCUCUGUAAUUCAGGACAAGUAGUCAGAAACAUGGGCCAAUUAUUGGAUCAAAAUAACCCAAUUUUCAACAGAAACAUGAGUCUUUAUUCUGUCAAACCAUCGAAUUUUGUUGAUCCAUUAUCCAUCAAUUAUAAUAAAGGUGAAAACUUGUCUACGGAGCCAUCAGUUAUUGAAAGGGAAGGGUAUCUUAUGGUCCAACCUAGGGCACAGGGAAGCUAUAAUAUUGGCUCAUUGGAAGAUCUGGCAAGUGCAAUGAUGAAACGGGGCCAAGAUAAAGCCGAAGCGACAGAGUGA